GUGCUACGUAUCUAUACCUAUGAUUUGCAUAUAUAUCGAAAUUUUGCAAUGCUUUAGGGACGCGUUUUGAUAAGAUUAAAAAUAAAAUUUAGUCACGUAUCGGUCCAAAGUGCGUUUUGAUAUUGAAAACUUCAUUUCUCUUCAUCGACAUCCACCACGAUGAACGAGGCUGCACCUGAAAGCACACUGCCGUAUCCACCGAUCCACAACGACAAGAAAUUCGUCGUACUUUCUGACUGGGAUGGCACAAUAACCACGUACGAUUCCAACGAUUACAUGACGGAUAAUUUGGGAUUUGGGCGGGAUAGAAGGCGAGAUCUGAACAUGGAAAUUUUGCAUGAGAAGACAACUUUUAGAGAUGGUUUUCGUGAAAUGCUGGCUAGCGUCGUUGCCAAUGGACACUCGUUUGAAGAAUGCAAAGAAAUUUUGCGAAAGAACAUCAAAUUAGACCCAGGAUUCAAAGAAUUUUACGCCUGGUGCAAGGCCAAUGACAUCCCCGUCAUAAUCGUCUCAAGUGGAAUGACCCCUACUAUCCGUGCGGUACUUACCAAUCUCGUCGGAGAGGAGUCUGCCAAUGAGAUUGAAAUCAUCUCGAAUGAUGUCGAACUUAGGCCCGAUGGUACUUGGGGGAUCAAGUUCAGACACCCCACCAGUGGUUUCGGCCAUGACAAAUCUCAAGCCAUUUUACCCUAUCGCGAUUUGGAACACCCUCCAACAUUAUUUUUCUUUGGAGAUGGCGUAUCAGACAUGUCUGCUGCAAAACAUGCCGACGUACUGUUUGUCAAAGAGAAAGAAUAUGGAGAGAACGACCUCGCGGCGUAUUGUACUAAACUGGGGAUCAAGCAUAUCCUGUUCAAGGAUUUUUCUAAUGCGCUUCCUAUAGUGCAGUCUGUAGUGAAAGGCGAGAAGACUGUUCAGGAGGCCUUGAACAUUGGUCAUGCUUGACCGUCAAACUCAUUCCCCAGCAACUACCCCUAGAUUGGUCUUCCAAUAGAUAUGACCUUUGUAAAAUGUCGUGUAAUUAAUUGCCAAAUUUACUAUUAGGCGCUGGUCAAUAUAUGGGGUGAUUAAUCA